AUGUAUCCAUGGAUUUUUAAUGCUGCGGCUCCAAUUGAUACGGAUCUGGAGUGUAAAUGUUUUGGAUCCAAUGGAUACGGAUCUAUUAAUGUUUUGCAUGCAAUGAAUCUGAAGGUGGGAAAGCAUAGUUCUGGUGAUGAGAGCUCUGAGGAUGGAUCAGGAUCUGAUUCCUCAGAUAUGGAUGUAGAGGAGGGAGAAAAACGGAGAGAAUCCUAUAUUGAGGACUUGACAGAACUUGAGAAUCAGUUUACCAUUCUGCGGGAACAGUUAUACAGGGAGAGGUUGACCCAGAUUGAAUCUAAGCUGGCUGAAGUGAAAGCUGAACGGGCUCAGGAGUACAUUCAACCAUUAGAGGAACUACAGGAGAACAUGAGAAUACAGUUGGAGGUUGGUGCCAUUCUCCGACAGUUAAGACAGGAGAAUAUCCAGUGUAAAUACGAGGCUGAAGAGCUAGCCUCGAAACAGAAUUAUGAAUCUGAAAAACAGCUGGUAUUCGACGGAGUUAAGGCUGAACUUGAAGAGAAAACAAGGCGGUUGGAAGAGGACAAAAAUAAUGUAGAUUUUAGUACUGGACUAUGGGAGCAGAGUACUCGACGAAACCGGAAACGGAAGUUGGAUCAGACGGACACUGACCGUCGCAGAAAGCCGGUCACAGUGUCAGGACCGUAUAUUGUUUACAUGCUUCAGGAGGCUGAUAUUCUGGAGGACUGGACUCAGAUCAAAAAAUCUCUGGUUAAUCUCAAAGCUUCCGAGAAAUGAUCUUGGUUUCAAAUCUUGAAUUUAAUCCAGAUUUUGACUACCGGCAUUCCGGGCGCCAAUUAGGGAUUAAAAACUCAUGAACUUUCAUUUUGAUGCAUGUUUUGAUAUUUUCAUAUUUUUAUGCUAGAUUUUCAACUUUUAUUUACUUCCUGUAAUUAAUAUAUUACAAAAACGGAUAAUGAUAUGUCCUGACUCAUUCGUUUUGUUUCUGAAAGAAUACCUAGAUACCUGAAAUUCUUUCCUGCCCGUUACAAGAAAAGAAAGUGUAAUUUCAAGUGACCCUCCAUACUCCAUGCAAAGAUGGCAGUGUCCUAUUUACAAUAAUAGCCUUGAAACCUUCAUCUGAUUAGAAAUGUGGAAGAUGCCGUCGUUUCCUUGACAAGUGUUUAAUUCUGAUAAUUUUUCCAUUGUACGUAAUAAGGAAGGCUUAUGUCACUUUAGCAGCGAACCCGCUUUAAAGUUUUCCGUUGCCAUCUUGACAUGGAGGGUCACUGAGAGUAACACUAACCAUCCCAUUAAGUAUCAACACUAGUAUUGCUUUAGCUUGAUUGUUUUGUACCCUUCCCCCUUUGAUACAGCCAUAAAUGCCUCCUCAUCUAUUUAAAACAACGGUUUUUUUAUUGAAAAGUUUUUUUCCAAAAAUAUAGCUUAACUUUCAAAUAUUAAAUUUCUUGUUCUUUUGUACACAGUUGUGAUGUUAAAUAAACUAAAAAUACUGAAAAGGAAAACAAUUUCUGCAAACAACAAAUUUAUUGUUUUGAAAAUAAGAACAUAUGUAUUUUUUACACUUUGCCUCAAUAUGUCAUUUCAUCUUUGACUAAUUUCAGAA